AUGUUCUACUCGCACCAGCUCCUCGCGAGGAAGGCUCCUCUCGGCCAGAUCUGGAUGGCGGCCACCAUGCGCGCCAAGAUGAACAGGAGGAAGCUCGAUAAGCUUGACAUCAUCAAAAUCUGUGAGGAGAUACUGAAUCCAUCGGUCCCGAUGGCCCUCCGCCUCUCCGGCAUUCUCAUGGGCGGCGUGGUGAUCGUCUACGAGAGGAAGGUCAAGCUCCUCUAUGACGACGUAACGCGAUUUCUGGUGGAGAUCAAUGCGGCGUGGAAGGUGAAAACGGUGUCCGAUCCAACCGUCCUUCCCCGCGCAAAAGCCCAGGCCAAGUUUGAAGCGGUGACGCUGCCCGAGUACGUGGACAUGGAACCGGAGCAGCCCAUGAUGUUCCCCGACGCGUCCAUCGCCACUGCCGCAUUCCAACGCAUGCGAUUGGACGAUUUGGAAGAACACUAUAUUAAUAUUGACCUCAGAGACGAUGACCUCGCCGGCAAUGAUCACCAAGCGGAGCCUGAAAAUAUCACGUUAUUCGAAACAUUUGGAUCGGGCGUUGCGGAGACUGAUCUUUACAAUCAUUUUGAGAGGUUUGACGUCGGAGAUGACGAGACGCACAUCAACUUCACUCCUCAAGAAGAACCGCAGUUUGAGGCUACCCUUAUACCCUCUCUGCCGCACGAAGAUGAAAUUAGAACCUUCACUCAUUUGCAUAGUGCAGUUGAGAACCAUCAGACGGAAGAAAAAGAGGAGCAGAGAGCUAACGCCGAGGACGUGCAGCGCCAGCAGCCGGUAAAAAGAAAGGCGCACAGAAAACCUAGCCAUCGGAUCAUGGACGAUAGGCAACUCAUGAUCCCGGGAAACAUCUAUCAGCUAUGGCUUCAGGACACUUCUGAUAUAGUGUCCAAAAGAGGAAGAACUCAAUGUUUGCGGUCUGUUAAUCCUAUUCGGUCUACUAAGAUAUCCAACCUCAUGGACUUGCCACCAGUAGCUCUGAUUUCUGGUUUGGAGAUGUUUCCAGCUAAAGUACAUUACCCUUCCCCCCUUAUGGAGUUAUGGAGAAAAUGUACCGAAGUAAAUAUUUCACCUUCAGGAGAUAAAUCACCCCCAGCACAGCAGCGGGAAGUUACCGAAACUCUUCUGGAAGAAGUUCAGGGUGAGAUAGGGUCCAACAGUCUGGACGUCUCCAUCGAAAAGCUCAGAGCCAACCUCGAAAAUCUGGAUUUCCAGGGAUUUGACGAUGCAUUUAGCAUGGAUCAUUUUGUCACUCCAGGGAGUUCUGCAGGACAAAGUUCAAAAUCCAUGCCCAGUUCUGGUUCUGGACAUGCCUUUAUGCAGUUGGAACCUGAAAUACAAUUACCUUCUGUAAGGUCCAAAAGAAAGCAGCAUUCAUCAUCAAAGAGUUUCAGGAACCUUGAUCCAGUUGAAGAGGAGUUGCCGCUGCAGCAAGAUGUGAGGGGUUCCAAGAUCAGGAGACUAUCCGAGACAGGUCCAACCCCUGAUUUCGAACUGGAGGAAACAGGACCCACUCAAACCCCAGUUACUCCUCCAUCAAAUCCUGCUGUUGACAACACUACUCUGUUAAUCCGCACGCAUCUCAAGUUGCAUUUUGAUACGCCAGGAGCCCCACAGUCUGAAUCACUGAACCAGCUAGCUUUCGGAAUGUAUAAGAGAAAAGCUGCUCAACUCUUUUACCAAACGUGUGUUCUUGUCACUUGUGACUUCAUCAAGGUCCAACAGCAUGAGGCAUAUGGUGACAUAUCAAUCUCAAGAGGGCCCAAGAUGUAA